CGACAGAGCAUUGCUUGACGAGCCCAUGUAAUGAACAUGUGCAGCAGUUUUUCAGAGCUCCAUCGACUAAAUCAAUUGGUAGGUCAGCUAUUUAUGAAUGAAAUAUGUAAACAGUCGUCAUCGUAAAUAACACUGAUUACGGGAGAUAUUGCCAAUCCCGCGACGGAACUGAGAUAUGAGGCUCUAGAGACAAAACGAUAUUGCCGUCAGCAACACUUAAUCGGUAUCGACUAAUUAGUCGAGAUUGGAUUCGCAGAGUAAUUUGAUUGGUAGCGUGGCCAUAAGCUUUGAUAAAGCGCUCUGGGGACCGUACGAUAUUGAUUUGACAAUUAUUUACCUGUUAAAGACAGGAUCAUUGCGACAUUGGUGGCAGGGGAUUGAUACGUUAACAGAGACAUUUAGAAAGCAAAACUCAUUGAAGAGUCAAGCGUCAAGUCAGAUCUUAUGCAAAUGGAUUGAAAUGCACUGAACUGAAUGUUUCUGUGAACGAAAGAAACAGACGAGUUGGGGAAUCAACAUCGAAAACUUGAAAGAAGACAAGAACGUGCGUUUUCCAGCACGUGUUUCGGAAUAUAAUCAGCAAUUUUCAUUACUUUGCAGACGAUUUACAAAAGCCUUUCAUUACUUUAAAGACUGUCAACGCCAUAAGAGAUUAAACCAGUUUAGCAUCAUAAUGAAACGUCGCGGGAUAUUUGCAAGGCGUGAGCAGUUCCAAUUACUGGUGCGAAAGACGCAAUAAUAUUACCAGAGUUUCAACUUCAUCGCAUGUUACUUCCGUGAUUAAGACUUCAUUCAAUCUCGCGGCGUUCAUGGAAAAGGUGCAGCCCGACAAUUAAUUAAGGUACUGAGAGGACAAAUAGGCAAGCCUCCAAGUCUGUGUUCUAUAUAUAUAUAUAUUAAAGUGUGGAAAAUACAUUAAGAAAUUGCGCUAAAUGAUCGAAUCGGAAGUCAGCGGGGGAUGAAUAUAAGUUAAGCUUGUUAUGGAUACUAACACAUAAUAUAAGCCUACGUAUAUGAAAAAUUGCUCGGGGCACCGCCACAUUCUAGACGAAUAAGGACGAGACACUUCGGCAUUGGACACUUAGAUAUAUCGAAAUGUGAUAGGCUGUGACAAGGCUACAUCACAGACAGUCACGAAUCGAUGCUCAUGGAGACGUCUUCUACAUUCUACGAUAGACGCGGAAGGCUAAUCACGCAUCUUUAAAUCUUGAACAGAAAACAGAAAACGCCUGAGGCACAAACAGUUGCGAGAUUAAGAAACCGUACACUAUUGUAUUAGAACCAGAGGCGAAAGGAUAUAUUUGAAGGAGUGAAGACGUGAGCAAACAUCAGUCACUGGGAAGGUACCGAAAUCCCUGCAUGCGGACCAAGACUGCUCUACCAAGUCGAUUGUAAUGCUUUUAAUACACGAUAAAUAAUUACAGCAACUUUUAAGAACUAAGCAAAACGGAAACUCUUCAUGAGCAUGUACUGCCAAACGUAAAAAAAACUCGUUUCGAAGUAACAAAACUGAAAAAACUGGACUCGACCUCAAUAUGUCAGCAACGUCAUAUGCCGUGGAAACAGUUGCCAAAGAGGCCAUCUCUGUCGACGUUAUAACCAACUACACUCACAAUGCCACACAGUUCACUGCACUGGGACAGCCAACGCAACGGCUGACUUACGGGGCUGGAGGUGUAGCGGCCAUUACCGCCAUCUCUGGCAUCACUGCCGUGGUUACCAUCAUUGGCAACCUGAUGGUCAUGGCAGCCUUCGUCAAAGAAAGCAAACUGAGAUCACCCAAUAACUACUACCUGUUGUGUCUCUCCGUGGCUGACCUCUGCGUGGGCUUGUUUUCAAUCCCCCUCUUCACCAUGUACGAAGUGCUGGGAUACUGGCCAGAACAACUCGGCCCAAAGGUUUGCGACAUCUGGCUGGCUUCAGAUUACACGUUCUGCACCAUUUCUCUGUCGGGGAUCCUGGUCAUCAGCAUCGACCGUUACUUAUCGCUGAAGAAACCUCUGGCGUACCGUGUCCGACGAACCACGCGGCAGGUUCUCACCACGAUCGGAAUGGUCUGGUUGCUAAACCUCGUGCUGUGGUUCUCCGCUGUGUUCAUCUUUCAGUACCAUCAAGGACAGAGGCAGAUUGCCCCUACCGAGUGUUAUACCUACUACAUUAACUCAUUUGCAUUCACCUUGGUCACUAACACGGCGUCAAUAUGGAUGCCACUCGGUAUAACAUUUGUAUUUUAUAUACUUAUAUACCGCAUGGUGCGCAAUUCUAUUCCUGUUCAAGGGGGAGGGGGGGAUCGAAAGCAAAGCAACGGGAAUGGGAAACCUUUUACAGUGCGCUUUGCGGAAGUUGGGAAACGGCGAUCGAAAGAAAGUUGUUCAUCUAAGGAUAAUUCCGAUGAGGCAGAUAUCGAAGGGUGCAAUUCAUUGUUGCAAUCAGAGACGAGGGACCCUCUCUGUACCACGCCAGAGAGAAAGACAUCGUGGAUAGGAAGAUUUUACAAUAAGACUGGAGCAUACAAUGGUAGCAUUGCCAUUCGAAGAGCAUCUGCUCCUGUUUCAAGCACAAUAGACUCUGCUAUUGAAAAAAUCGCUCUUAAAAACUACGUACACGCCCAACGCUCCUCGGAAGAAUCGAAAAGAGAUCAUGUAAACGGAGUUCGCUACAAGUUGUCCUCAAAGCCAGACCUUUUGAUUAAGAACGGUCACCGACGAAACGGUUAUGGAAUAGAACAGCUCGCUUUACAAGAAAGCUCAUGCGUUGAAAUGGAUACUCUUUCACCCCUCAGUUGCGUCACGUCUCGGGGACAAUUUCGACGGUCCUCAGAAGCGUUCGUAGACAACUUACGAGCCAUGGAACGGUCUGAUUCCCUCUACCUCCGGCGUAAAUCGGAGGGAGCGCUCGUCAGCCUAGGGACAAAUGCAUUUGAGGAGCAGAGUGCACACAAAAGCCGACGGGCCAGCAUCCAAGAGAAAAUGAAACUAGAACCUCCCGGAAGGCGAACGUACCCGGCUCGAGUAACUUUCAAAUCCAAUGGCGGUUUGAACACCGGGUCGGACAAUGUAUCAAAACCGUCCACGCCACCAGCGCUUUCUCGUGGGCCAAGACAAGCCCGACUCUUGUCUAACGCACUUUAUAUGUCCGUGACAUAUUCUAAGAGUGAAAACAAAGCACUUCGGACUUUGACCUUCAUCAUGUGCACCUUCACGAUAUGUUGGUUACCAUGGAGUAUCUUUGUCGUCAUCAAGUCCACGUGCACCAACUGUAUUGAGAGACAUAUUUAUGCUAUCAGCUAUUGGUUGUGUUAUCUCAACAGCGCGCUGAACCCCUUGUGUUAUGCAGCGGCGAACCCGAUUUUCAGAGUGACGUUUUGCUCCAUUUUAGGAUUAAAUGGCGGAAAUAGAACCACAAACUUGUCAAGGCCUUCUGGAUCGUCGUCGUCACAUCAAGAAUAAUACUAUAUUAUUUCAUUAAACCAGUGUUAAUGUUGUACUGGUAGAGAGAAUAUUCUGUUUUUCAAAAGACAUUUUUUUCGGGUGAAGUAUCUAAAAUUUGAUAACAUUCGUAGGCUAACCUCUCUCAUUUCAUAAUCUUUUAUACGAACACUUUACACAUGUAAAUUAUGUGGAACUAACUCAUAUCCACAUCUGUGUUUAUGUAUAGACUUGCAUUUUAACGCGUGAACAACCAAUAUGCAGUUGAGAUAUGUAAUAGCCCAACAUAUAUACACUGUAGUAACAAGCACAUGUAUAUUUUCUCUUAUAUAAAAAAUCUCUUAAUAUAUGAUUUAGAUAUUGACUGUAUGCCAAUCGACUUACUGCUCAUAUUGGCAAUAUAUG